AUGGCGGCCGGAAGAGACCGUGGUCUGCGCCUUGAAGAGAUGGAGCAAGGGGUGUUCGUCCAGGACGCCUCUUGGUGCCUCCUCUCGGAGCUGCUGGCCCGGCGCUGCUUUUUCUCCUUCCGAUCCGAAGCCAAAGCGCGCGCAAGUUGGACGCGUGAGCGCGUGAGCGCGGAGAUCGGAGGAGAAGCUGAGCACUCUAUCCUUCUGCGCGCGGAAGGGCUCGAGGUUGAGCGCUUUCGGCGAUCAGUGCCUUCGCGGGCAUGUUGGCUUUCGCCGCUCGCGUUGCACGCAGCGGAGUAUGAAGAGAGAGCGUGCCUCUUUUUCCUCUGCGUGGCGCCGCGGCGCAGAGUGAGACUCUGA